AUGGCAGAAGUAAACUGGCCAAGAACCAAACAAUUCCUCAAAUCCCAACUCCUAACUCACCUCCCCACCCCAACCAAGCGCUUCACCGGCCAGACCAUCAUCAUAACCGGCUCCAACACGGGCAUGGGGCUCGAGGCAGCCCGGCAUCUCGUCCGCCUCGACGCCGCGCGCAUAAUCCUCGCUGUCCGCAACCCCGACAAGGGCAGCGCCGCGGCCGCGUCAAUCCGGGCCUCGUUCCCGGACCGUAAGGGCCUCGAGUCUGUCGUGCAGGUGUGGACGCUCGACCUCGCGUCCUACGCAAGCGUCCGGGCCUUCGCCGCGCGCGCCGCCGCCGAGCUGGACAGGCUUGAUGUGGUGGUCUGCAAUGCGGGCAUGUAUGUGUACAAAAGCGGGUUUUCUGUGGCUGAGAAGGAUGAGGUGACGAUCACAGUCAAUGUGGUCAGUACGUUCCUGCUGGGGUUGCUAUUGCUGCCUAAGCUGAGAGAGACGAGCGUGAGGCAUGAUAAGGAGGUUGUUUUGACUUUCACGGGGAGUUUUGUUCACUACAUGACGGAUUUCCCGGAGCGGAAUAGUGAGAGUAUCUUUCAAGAGUUGGCGGACGAGAAGAAGGCGAGGAUGCCUGACAGGUACAACGUCUCCAAGCUGAUGGAGCUGCUCAUCAUCCGGGAGCUAGCCGACCAGAUCACCAAGUCGUCCAAGCCAGGCCGGAUCACGACCUCCAUCAUUAACCCCGGCUUCGUCAAGACGGAAAUCAUGAGGGAUGGCACCUGGCUGUUUCGCAUCUACUAUGUGUGCCUCGCCGCUCUCAUGUCCAGGACGUCUGAAGAGGGAGGGCGGAUCCUUGUCAACGCAGCAGAAGGAGGCAAGGAGACCCAUGGCCAAUAUCUCGAUGACUGCCAGGUUGGAACGCCAUCCGCUUUCGUAAGAGGCCCAGAGGGUCAAAAAAUCGGAAAACAGCUGUGGACGGAGCUGGCAGCGAAGCUCGAGAUCAUUCAGCCUGGUGUCAUGGACAAUGUGUGA